AUGGAGUGUGCACUGCUGUACACCUUCCUGGAGGUAUCCCCUGACUGUAAGUUCAGAGAGCAACUGCAUUCCCUGCAAAAUAAGCAGUUUCAGUGGCAAUAUUGCUGCUGCUAUGACGAUGCAGAACUUCAGACCGAUGGCAAUCGGAGCGGGCAUAUGCAGAAUGGUGAGCCAGUGUCUGACCCUCAGGUACAUGACGAAGUUGUCCGGAUCAUUGCUGCUCAGCUUGCUGAGAUUGGAGACCAGUUUGAUAAAGAAAUCAAAGCAAGAGUAGUAAAUGAUCUAGUGCAGCACUUUCUGAAUGAGAAUCUCUCGAGAGAGGAGAUAACCCGGCACAUGUCAGAGGCAGUGGAAGAGCUUGCACGAGCCAUCCCUUCAGACAUGGAACGGGAGAAAGCCGUGUUGGUGCUAGCAAUGGUCUUAACUAAAAAAAUUGCCAAUACAAUGCCCUUCCUUCUGCCUCGUGUCUUUAGCACCACUGUGAACUACAUCAGCCAGCAGCUCCACAACUACGUUGCCAGAAUGAUGCGCGAGUGA